GCGUAGUGCUGAUUAUCUAUAAAAGGAACUCCUACGGACGUUGUUUGUAAUACUAGAAUUGAAGAAAUGGAGUUAAAGUGGAAGCACACUGCACUUAUUGUCAUGGAUAUGCAGAGAGGUUUGAUCUUGCCUUACAGUCGGGCUUCUGUAAAAGGUGGUGAAGCUAUUGUGCCGAAUGUUAUCAAGGCCGUCCAAGUAGCUCGGAGCCGUCAAAUUCCUAUUAUUUGGGUUGUUCGUGAGCACGAUUCUCUGGGAAGAGACGUGGAAUUAUUCCGCAGGCAUUUGUAUGCCGCGGAUGAAACAAAACUUGUUGUGAAGGGUAGCGCUGGUGCAGAACUAAUAGAAGGUCUCGAGAUCAAACCCCACGACUAUAAGCUCGUCAAAACGCGAUUUAGCGCGUUUCUUAACACGCACCUGCACUCCUAUCUACACGGAGCUGGAAUCAACAGCUUAGUAGUAAUUGGGGUUCAAACUCCAAACUGUAUACGACAGACCGUGUUUGAUGCGGUUUCGUUGGAUUAUCAUGAGGUUACUGUCAUCGUUGAUGCAACUGCUGCUGCCACAUCUGAAAUACACAACGCGAAUGUUUUCGACAUGAAGAACAUCGGAGUGGCAACUCCAACACUCGAAGAAUGGUGUCAUUCCGAUAACUAGCUACUACAUUAUUAUCAGCAACAACAUAAAAUUUAAUAAGUAUGAUUGAUGAUUAUCAGGAUUGAUCAAUCAGAAAUUGUAAUAAAAUUCUGUAUUUGUUUAUCUAGUGUGGAUUUUGUGGUGCUGACUUUUAGCACUGCACAUGAGAAGCUCAGCACUGCACAUGAGAAGCUCGAUCCGUAAUUAAUCAAAUAUUUGAGCAAAUACAAUUUGUAAGUUUUAAUGAGUUUUCACUUCCCAAUUACAAAUU